AUGAAGAUGACCAACUUAUUUUGGCUGACAAUACUAUUAUGUUCUUGCUUCUCAUUACCACGCCUGCACGAAGCUAGCCAAGAAGAGACGCUAGGAAAGCUGAUAGAAGCAAAGAGGUCAUCAUUUUCUUCCCAACAAUCUGAUUUAGUCUCGGGAUUUGAGACCACUAAGUCCACCAAAAGGGCCAAUCUCAACGCACAGGAUGGGUCAAUGGAAGGAGAUAAAAUCUCCAAGCUUCCAGGCCAACCUGAAGGUGUUGAUUUCAAUCAGUAUGCAGGUUACAUUACUGUGGAUUCAGAGAAUGGAAGGGCGCUUUUUUACUAUUUCGUGGAGUCACCAACUGAUUCAUCCAGUAAACCGCUUCUUCUGUGGUUAAAUGGAGGACCCGGAUGCAGCUCGCUUGCUUAUGGAGCUAUGAUGGAACUAGGACCAUUCAGAGUAAACAGUGAUGGAAAAACUCUCCAAAGAAAUAUUUAUGCAUGGAAUAAUGUGGCAAACGUAAUCUUCUUGGAAUCUCCUGCGGGUGUGGGUUUCUCAUACUCGAAUACGACGUCGGAUUAUGAUAAGAAUGGAGACAAGAGAACUGCUGAUGAUUCCUACACAUUUUUAGUAAAUUGGAUGGAGAGAUUUCCACAGUACAAGAAUAGAGAUUUUUUCAUAACUGGCGAAAGUUAUGCUGGCCAUUAUGUACCUCAGCUUGCCUACACGAUUCUUAUGAGAACUAAGACCGCAUCUGGAAAAGCUAUUAAUCUCAAGGGAAUCGCUAUUGGAAAUGCCUUUGUCGACUACAUAGCAAAUGCAAAGGGUACUAUUGAAUAUCUUUGGAGCCAUGCACUUUUCUCAGACGAAACAUACUCAGACAUACAAAGAUACUGCAAUUUUUCAAAUCGUAGUGCCUCUAAUAAAUGCGAUCAAGCUUAUGAAAAGGCGUUUGAUGAAAUUGGCAAAAUUAGUAGAUACAACAUCUAUUCUCCACUUUGCCAUGCUUCUCCAGGACAAGCCAAGGCUGCAACUUACGUAAGUGGUAGUUUUGAUCCUUGCUUGGAUCACUAUAUGGAGACCUACCUAAACAUUCCAGAGGUACAGAAGGCUCUCCAUGCAAAUAUUAUUAAAUGGGAACCUUGCAGGCAAGUCAGAAUGUGGAAUGACAGCCCAAAGACAAUCUUACCAACAAUCAAAAAGCUUAUUGGAGCGAAGUUAAAUAUAUGGAUGUACAGUGGUGAUUUAGAUGCAGUGGUUCCAGUAACUGAUACUAGAUAUUUCAUCAAGAUGCUUGAACUCCCAGUGAAGAGUAGAUGGAAAGCAUGGUACCAAGAUGAUGAGGUUGGAGGUUAUGUAGAGCAAUAUGAAGGAUUGACACUAGCAACUGUAAGAGGGGCAGGACACCAGGUUCCAUUUUUUCAGCCUAGAAGAGCUUUGGCGAUGAUCACCGCAUUUCUCCAAGAGAAAGUUCCCGCUUAA